CUCAUUUUUAUUUAUGUUUUUUUCAAUUUCAAAUUUCAAAACCUCAACACUGUUAGCCUGAAAAUGGAGGCAAGUCCAAUCCCGAUCGGAUCGUGUUCCAAAGAGCACCAGAAGAUCUACAGAGAUUGGUUCAAUGUCGCCGAUUCAGAUGGAGAUGGACGUGUUACUGGAAAUGAUGCUACAAAGUUCUUCUCCAUGUCUAAACUUUCUCGUCAAGAACUCAAGCAGAUUUGGGCGAUUGCGGAUUCUAAACGACAAGGAUUUCUAGGAUUGACAGAGUUCAUCGUUGCUAUGCAGCUGGUUUCUUUGGCACAAGCAGGAAAUGAACUAACCUCUGAUGUUCUUAAAAGUUCAGUUGAUGCAGAGAAUAUUAGUCUUCCUAUAAUGGAAGGUUUGGAUGCCUUAGCAGUGAAGAGCAAGGAUUCGACAACCAAUGGGGAGCCUGAAAUGAAUGGAACUACUCAUCCCCAAGUUCCAACAUCUGCUAAAUGGUUUACUUCAAAGUCUGCAAGAAAGACCCCUGCAAGCGCAGUUACCUCAAUUAUUGAUGGCUUGAAGAGACUUUACAUUGAAAAGCUAAAGCCAUUGGAAGUUACCUAUCGAUUUAAUGAUUUUGUGUCUCCUUUCUUGACAAACAGUGACUUUGAUGCUAAACCAAUGGUUAUGCUUUUGGGUCAGUAUUCAACUGGGAAAACUACAUUUAUAAAGCAUUUGUUGCAAUGUGAUUACCCAGGAGCUCAUAUAGGACCAGAGCCUACAACUGAUAGAUUUGUGGUUGUAAUGAAUGGACCUGACGAAAGAAGUAUACCUGGGAACACUAUUGCUGUUCAUGCAGACCUGCCAUUUGGUGGCUUGACAACGUUUGGAGGAGCGUUUUUAUCAAAGUUUGAGUGUUCUCAAAUGCCACAUCCAUUGUUAGAUCAAAUAACAUUUGUUGACACUCCUGGAGUUCUAUCUGGAGAAAAACAAAGAACACAACGAAGUUAUGAUUUCACCGGUGUUAUAUCAUGGUUUGCAGCUAAAUGUGAUCUCAUCCUUCUGCUGUUUGACCCGCACAAAUUAGACAUAAGUGAUGAAUUUAAACGAGUAAUUUCAUCUUUACGUGGUAAUGAUGACAAGAUACGCGUUGUCCUGAAUAAAGCACACCAAGUUGAUACCCAACAACUAAUGAGAGUUUAUGGAGCUUUGAUGUGGUCACUGGGAAAAGUUCUGAAUACUCCAGAGGUUGUGCGUGUUUACAUCGGCUCUUUCAAUGAUAAGCUCCUUAAUGAAGCUGCCAUUGGUCCACUGGGGCAAGAUCUUUUCGAGAAAGAACAAGAUGACCUUCUCAAGGACUUGAUAGACAUUCCAAGAAAGGCUUGUGAUCGUCGGAUCAAUGAAUUCGUGAAGCGUGCUAGAGCUGCAAAAAUCCAUGCUUAUAUAAUUAGCCAUCUCAAGAAGGAGAUGCCUGCUAUGAUGGGCAAAGCUAAAGCUCAACAACGACUUAUCGAUAAUCUUGAAGACGAAUUCGGGAAGGUGCAACGAGACUUCCAUCUGCCGGCCGGCGAUUUCCCAAGCGUGGAGCACUACAGGGAGGUGUUGAAUGGUUACAGCAUCGAUAGAUUCGAAAAGUUGAAACCUAAGAUGAUACAAGCUGUAGAUGAUAUGUUAGGAUAUGAAAUCCCAGAGCUCCUGAAAAUCUUCAGGAAUCCUUAUGAAUGAAGCUUGAGGGAUCAGAGUGGCGAAAAGAAGAAUAUUGCUUCUGUUGCAAUAUUCGUAGCUUUUGCUACGCUUUAGCCUUUUCUUAUUAUGCUUUUCAAGCGUGUUUUCAUCAAAUAAAAUGUCCCUUUUGUCAAUGUAUUCACUGCCCGUUCAUCAGACUUUGAAAAAUUCGACCCUUGGAAAUAGUCCAAUAGAGAUGACAAAAGAGUGAUUCAAUUUUGGCA